GCCGCCGCCCACUCCAGCCCCGGGACUGGGGCAGGCCCGGCCGCCGCCACCGCUAGGGCCAGGGUGGGCCGAGCCAGGCCCCGGCCGGCAGUUUCGAUUCGGAGGGCGGGCCCGAGCCGGAGCCCCUGCCGUGGAAGCCGGGUCGCCGCCACCUGGGAGGCACGGAGCCCUGCCCGCAGCCGUCCACUCCCCCUGCGCGGCCGCGUCCCGGGGGCUGCCGGGGCCUUGCGGCUAACGCCCCCUCUCCUGUCCCCAGAUCUUGGAGGGGAGGGAGCAGGGCGGAGGGGGGGCGUGGAGGCGAGGAGCCCGGGAUUUCCCCCCCGAGGGGUGGGGACGGCGAUUACGGCGCGCCAGACACCUGUUCGGCCGGGCCCGACGUUGGUGGCCGGAGGGGUCCCAGGAUGAAAGUGACUGUGUGCUUCGGCAGGACGGGCAUCGUGGUGCCCUGCAAGGAGGGUCAGCUGCGCGUCCGCGAGCUCACGCAGCAGGCGCUGCAGCGGUACCUGAAGGCGCGGGAGAAGGAUCCUGGAUACUGGGUGAAGAUCCAUCACUUAGAAUACACAGAUGGAGGUAUCUUGGAUCCAGAUGAUGUCUUGGCAGAUGUCGUUGAAGACAAAGAUAAGCUGAUUGCUGUGUUUGAAGAACAAGAACCACUCCACAAGAUUGAGAGCCCCAGUGGAAACCCUGCAGGUCGGCAGAGCCCAGAUGCUUUUGAGACAGAAGUGGCUGCCCAACUGGCUGCAUUUAAACCAAUUGGUGGAGAAAUUGAAGUAACUCCUUCUGCUCUGAAAUUAGGCACACCACUGCUGGUGAGGAGGAGCAGUGACCCAGCACCCGGUCCACCUGCUGAUGCCCAGACAAGCACUUCACACCCCGGUGGCCAGAGUCUGAAACCUGUUAUUCCUGAUUCCAUACAGAAUUUAGAAGACAGAGAAGCUAUGAAUGAUGCACAGAUAGAGCUACUGCCAUCAGCAAAAACAAAGAUUAUACUGAGUGAUAUGACAAGAACAGUGGAGAUUUCUGGGGAAGGAGGCCCCUUGGGAAUCCAUGUUGUGCCCUUCUUUUCAUCUCUCAGUGGAAGAAUUCUAGGACUGUUCAUCCGUGGCAUUGAAGAAAACAGCAGAUCCAAGAGGGAUGGACUAUUUCACGAAAAUGAAUGUAUUAUAAAAAUCAACAAUGUGGACCUCGUAGACAAAUCCUUUGCUCAGGCUCAGGAUGUUUUUCGGCAGGCAAUGAGAUCACCCAGCAUGCUCCUCCAUGUGCUACCACCUCAUCACCGAGAACAGUAUGAAAAAUCAGUCAUCGGUACUCUUAGUUUUGUUGGGAACAAUGAUGGUGCUUUGAAAACAAAGUUGCCACCUGCAGCUGCUCCUGGAAAGCCAGGAAUAAUGCCAGGAACAAGCAGUCCUGAAGAAGAUAUUUCAACUUCCCUACAACAGAGCAAGAGCCCCCGCUUACCAAGAGUUCCUAGAAAGCUAGCCUCCCCCUCACUGUCUCCUCUCAUGGGGUUUGGCAGCAAGAAAAAUACUAAGAAAAUUAAGAUUGACCUAAAGAAAGGCCCUGAAGGACUUGGUUUCACAGUAGUUACAAGAGACUCUUCUAUACACGGACCUGGCCCCAUUUUUGUAAAAAACAUUUUGCCAAAAGGCGCAGCAAUAAAAGAUGGCCGCCUGCAAUCAGGGGACAGAAUUUUGGAGGUAAAUGGCAGAGAUGUCACUGGACAAACUCAGGAAGAACUCGUGGCCAUGCUGAGGAGCACCAAGCAGGGAGAGAUAGCAUCACUGGUCAUUGCCCGGCAGGAAGGAACUUUUCUGCCCCGAGAGCUGAAAGGAGAACCUGCCUGCUACGCUCUUUCCCUGGACACGAUUGAGCAACUCACCUUCGAGAUUCCCCUGAAUGAUUCAGGUUCUGCUGGUUUAGGAGUGAGCUUAAAGGGGAACAAAUCUCGAGAUACUGGAACAGACUUUGGGAUUUUCAUCAAGUCCAUCAUCCAUGGAGGAGCUGCCUAUAAGGAUGGCCGUUUACGGAUAAAUGACCAACUGAUUGCUGUUAAUGGGGAAGCUCUUUUGGGAAAGUCCAACCAUGAAGCUAUGGAAACACUUAGGCGCUCCAUGUCCAUGGAAGGAAAUAUACGAGGCAUGAUCCAGUUGGUAAUUCUGAGGAGGCCAGAGAGACAGGCAGAGGAACCUGCAGAGUGUGGGACCUAUUCUAAGCAGUGCUUUGGGAACUGUCAGAGCUCUUUAGCCACCUCUAGGAGAAAUGGUAACAGUCCACCGCAUAGGUUUGGUCCUUACAGUCCACAAGACAAGAAGGAAGAGCCAUUAUUUUCCACUGAUGGAUGGUCUGAGAGUGAAGUACCCCCUUCUCCACCACCACAUCCCAUUUUGGAAUUGGGCCUUGAAGAUUACAACCACAGCCCAGGGAUGGAAUCAACAGUAUAUUUUCCAGACCAGCAUAUCAACCUCAGAUAUGUGGCCCCAGCCAGGCAGCCUGAAUCAAUGAAUCUGAAAGCCUCAAAGAGCAUGGACCUUGUGCCAGAUGAAAGCAAAGUCCAUUCAAUGGCUGGACACAAAUUGGCAUCUCCAGGCAAAGAUUUUGGUCCAACUCUGGGUUUGAAAAAGUCCAGUUCCUUGGAGAGCCUCCAGACAGCAGUGGCCGAAGUUAGGAAGAAUGAACUUCCCUUCCACAGACCCCGGCCACACAUGGUUCGUGGCCGAGGCUGCAACGAGAGCUUCAGAGCAGCCAUUGACAAAUCUUAUGAUGGGCCGGAAGAAUUAGAAGCUGACAGUCUGUCUGAUAAGAGCUCUCAGUCCGGCCAAGGAGCUCUGAACUAUGAAUCAGUUCCUCAAGGGACUUCCGAGCUAGAGGACAUGGACAGUAAGGCCCGGAAAGCCAAAAAGAUGAAAGAGAAGGAGAAGAAGAAGGAGAAGAGCAAACUGAAAGCCAAGCAGAAGAAGCAGAAAGAGGAAAACGAAGAUCCGGAAAGGAAGACAAAGCUGAAGGGAUUCAGCGCCAUGCUGAGAUUUGGAAAGAAGAAAGACGAUAAGGGUGGAAAGGCUGAUCAGAAGGGAACUCUGAAGCAUGGUGGCCUUAGAGAAGAGGAACUGGAAAAAAUGCGAGAGGAGCGUGAGAGAAUUGGAGUGAAACAUCAGGAGCUAAGGGAAAAGCAGACAAGAGGGCCUGGUGAUUAUGCAACUGGAGUAACUGGAUCCUUGCAUGAUAUGGAUGAUGAUGAAAUAGAUCCCAAUUACGCCAGAGUGAACCACUUCCGGGAACCGUGUGCAUCUGCAAAUGUCUAUAGGUCUCCAUCUCCUCCUCGGGCUGGACCACUGGGUUACCCUCGGGAUGGCCGUCCACUGUCUGCAGAGAGAGAUCACUUAGAGGGUCUCUAUGCCAAGGUCAACAAGCCAUAUCACCCACCAGUGCCAGUAGACAGUGGCCGAGUCACUGGUGGAAGUGCGGACCGAAUCCAGAAGCUGCGGAAAGAGUAUUAUCAGGCUCGGAGGGAAGGUUUUACUUUAUAUGAAGAUGAUGAAGGAAGAGCAAAGCCGUCUGAUUAUGACCUUCAUUGGGUGCCUGGAAAGGGUCCAGAUGGGAAUACACACAACCUUCGCUUUGAGGGGCUGGAGAGACAGUAUGCAUCGUUACCCAGGGGAGGACCAGCGAAUCCCAUGGACUAUCGGAUGGCAGCGCCUCGAGGGCUCUUCAAGGAAAGGGAGAUUCCUUACUACCCAGGGGCUCACCCUGGGCAGCCACCCAAAGGGGGCUAUCCCCGGCCCCCAGAUCUGAGGGUCACAGAUCUCCGCUAUCCUCAGUACUACCCACCCCCACCAGCCCCCCAGCACAAAGGACCCUUCCGACAAGACGUUCCACCUUCCCCGCCUCAGCACCACAGAGUGCCAGCCUAUCCGGAAAUGGGCAGGUCAGGGCCCCAUGGGGGCAGCCUGGACCAGUACCCCUACCGAACCCAGGACCCUCGACAGAAGAACCCCAUGACGGCAGCUGUGUAGCUGAACAACACAGACAGAGCUCUUCGCACAGUGCAGCACAGAAAAACUAACAUCACCUUUGCCCUUGCUUGACCUUUAGGCUUACCUUCCUGUUAAGAAUUCUGGUGGCCCAGAUUAGGCUUCCCUCCCAGGGGGUCUAACACUUGAUGCUAAUAAUUGGGAAAAGAAAAGAAGGAAAGGGGGGGGGAUGAUAAGGAAGAGACUCCUUGGGUCUUACAAACUGCCCCAGAAUCAACACACUUUGAGAAUUGUUCAGAGCAAUGAGAGUCGAGAUGAUGGGACAGGGAACAGUGGCCAUAUACUAGGGGGUGCCCCUCUGGCAAGAGAACUUGUGGGCACCUCGGCUCCGUAGAAUCAGCAGCACCCACAUCACCAUCAUCAUCUAUUCUCAGGUGAUGUAUCAGCUUCUUUUUUGAGUGGUUGAGCCUUUAAAGUGACUGCAGCUGAAGAUAUCCCAAGGGAAUACAUUUUACAUUGAGGAGGAAAAAAAAGGGGAAAAAACCCAACAUAUUAGUGAUCACCCUAAAAUGUUUAAUGCCCAGAAGAAGAAUGCAUAUCUGUUUAUCAAAUUUCUCAGGUUCCAGUAUCACUCACUUGGUAGAAGCAUUUCAUGUUUCCUUGCUUUUUUUUUUUUUAUAAAAGUAAGAUACCAGUGCAGUAUUAGUGUCCUAGGAGAUUGUACAAAGCUUCCAGAAGGAGUAGAUUCCAAGGGCCAAGGUGGUCAGGUUUGGAGGGUUGAAACCCCCUUGAUCUUCACCUUCCUUCCUGCACACCCUGGCACAAUCACGUGAGAACAUCUCGCUUCAGAGAUCUCUGGAGCUUCCAGAUCGCCUGCCUAUAAUUACUCUGCUUGGGGCUCAACUUCAAGGCUCCCACUUGAGGGAUAAUAUGUACUUAGGGGGGAAAAAACUGGUGUACUGGUUAGAUCACACAGGAAGGAAUGCUCUGGAGAUGCCAAUUCCUGACUCAGUGCCAAACAGCGCAAUCUGCACCUGAGGGCAAGGCCAGGCCAACAGUGGCCUUUUGAGAUAGAUAACAAGCAGGUAGUAUAUGACAGUGAGUGUGGGUGUGGGAGUGUGUGUAAGUAUGUGUGUGUCUAAAGGUAUGUGAUUGUCAGAAUGGAGAAUGAAAGAUGAAAAUGCUUUCUGGAAAGUUGGACUAGGAAGGGAAUAAAAAGAAGAAAGAGCGUGUGUGGUGGUGGAGCGGGGUGUGGGUAGUGGAACAAGAGGCAUGAACCAAAAUUAUUCUGUAUCUGCUAUUUCAUUCACAAAAAGUCAGGGCAAGACCCGGGGCAAGGUCCCCUAUUGGGAAAAGAGAGCGUCAAGGCUUUGAAAAGCCAAAAUCACACUUUUCAAAACCAUCACAAUUUCUUUGGCACUUUGCAGCUAUUUUCUACUUAUUCCAAGAAACUGCCUAAAAUGUACAACCUGACCCAAAUGAGAACACAAAUAAAAGACUUCUAAGGACCAGCCAGCCUUUGGAGCAGCAGUUGGAAUUGCUCGAUGACUCCUGAAAUAUUUAAAUCCUUUUGCAUUCUUUCUUCAGUUAGUCUGAUUGCCACCCUACCUCCCUCCACACACACCACCACCAACAACAACUGCUCACUUCAACUGAGACAUGUUACAACACUCUCUGACAGACACAGUUCCAAAAAUUAUAGUAUUAUCAAAUGUGUGAAGUAUCAUCCCACCCAAUUUAGUUUUUUUUAAUUUAAAAUUGACGGAUGUUGGGGCUGGAGCAAUAGCACAGCGGGUAGGGCGUUUGCCUUGCACCCAGGUUCGAUUCCCAGCAUCCCAUAUGGUCCCCUGAGUAUCACCAGGGGUAAUUCCUGAGUGCAGAGCCAGGAAUAACCCCUGUGCAUCACCGGGUAUGACCCAAAAAGAAAAAAAAAUAGAAUAAAAUAAAAUAGACGGAUGUUACAAAAAUGAUGCCGCUGCUGGCUUCUGACUUUAGCUAUGUUCUGGGCAUGCAGGAGUAUCAUUUUUCGAAACUGCAGUUUACUUACAGCCCUCUUGAAAAUCAACUGCCAGGUAGGUUUCUGUCCUCUGUCAUGUCUGUUAAACCCGGGGCCUUUCGAUUGAUAGCAAUCCUGGUGCAGAGGCUGAUGAUCUUAGGCCCUGCUCACCAAAAGGUACAUUUCCCUCCUCACAUGUUACAUGCUGACUUCCCUGGGGCUUAUAAAAGCCUUCUUUUUUGUUUAUUAGUGAAUCACCAUGAGACAAAGCUACAGACUUACAGGUUUUCAUGCUUACGUUUCAGUCAUAUAAUGAUCGAGUACCCAUCCCUCCACCAGUGCCCAUUUUCCACCACCAGUGGUCCCAGCAUCCCUCCCACCACCCCCACCCUGUCCCCUUCACCCCACCCCGCCUAUGUGGCAGGGCAUUCCCAUUUGCUCUCUCUCUCUCUCUCUCUCUCUCUCUUUCUCUCUCUCUCUCUCUCUCUCUCUCUCUCUCUCUCUCUCUCUCUCUCUCUCUCUCUCUCUCUCUCUCUUUGGGUGUUGUGGUUUGCUACAGAGGUAUUAAGUAGGCAUCAUGUUCAGUCUGUAGUCUAGAAGAAAAUGAUGAGUGGCUGGGGGGGAGGGAAGGGAGGUUCGGCACUUGUUUGGAGACAUUACAAAAGCAGCUCUUCAGUAUAAUGCAUAGUUUAACCAAAUUUCCAGAGAGUCCUGGACCUAGCCAAGCCAGAAGGGUUGUUCUGGAAGGCGGCCAAGGCACCCCAUCCAGCCAGGGGCAGUGGAGUAAGGUGAGACAUUCUGUGUUGGAAGAGAGGCGCUGGCGGGCGGGAACAAUGCCCAUGAUUUUGCCACAUUGCUGCCUUGUGAACACAAUAGCUCUGCAUGCAAGCUCAGGAUAAGCUGCUCGAAGCAUGGCUCUGUGUUGUACACACAGCCAGCGAAACAGCUGCUAGUCCUCAGGGGCAACCAAUGAUAGGAAGGUACUAUUAAAGCAGGCACAAAAACAGAUUUUAGCUAUUUUCUUACUUACAGUAGAAAAUGAUCCCAGGUUUGGCCCUGCCCUGCUGGAGAGAUAGACCACCAAAGAAACUGACACAGUGUACCUGAUAGAAGGUCCCAUCCAGCCCAGCAACAAUUAAGAGCAGGUCACAUGUAAGCUUUAUAAAUGUCUGUGUCCCAACCCUUCAAUCAUCACCACCCAGGGGUUACAAAAGCCUUUGCAGUAUUUAAGAGAACAGGUUCUAUAGGGUAUUUACAAGCCUGGGCCGAAAUCGUUGGGUACCCAGAAGCAGGAAAUAGUUCUGUUUUCUUUGUGGCCUUAGCGAAAAAAAUCAGAUGUCUUCUUAUAGCUCAGGCCCUUGGAAAUGUCCUCACAGCAAGCUGCAAUCCACUAAUAUACACGCACCAAGCUACUAAUCUAAGCACUGGGUCUGUUAAGCUUGAAAUGAUGUUGUGGUCUCAGAGUGCUGUUAUUGUCCGAGAGGAAAAGGAGAGACAAAGGAGCAGACCACUAAGAAGCUUUAGAUGCAGAAGAAUUGAGUCCUUUGCAAGGAGAAAUACCCCCUAUCAACCUAUUGUUCCACUUAGGCUAUGGCAAUGUCUCGGUAUAAUACGGCUCAGCCACAAUAUCAAGUCUGUGGAAGAAAAAUAACUCAAAGAAACUCCCUAAAUCAUGGUAAAGUGGGUGAAGUAAAGUUGGAAAUGCAAAUCACUGUGAAUUUUAUUAUUUUUAGAUUUAUUUUAGCUCUACAUUGACUCUCAUUAGACAAAAUAGAGCAAAGGUUUCACACCCUAAGAGUUACACUCAGACCAACUUCACUCCAUGUUAAAAAAAAAUUAUCUUGCUUAAUAAAGGAGGUGUGAGACUUUUUUAUAGUUUUAUUUUACCCAUCAACCAAGUGAAUUGCAACAUGAUUCAUUAUUUCUUCCAAAGAUUUAUUAAUUUCUUCAUGUAUACCUGCCUUCUGAAAGAAAAUUGAAACUAUCAUGCUUAACGAUCAAUCCUUUAAAGCACGUUUAUUCUGCUAGCCUGAAACCACGGCUUUCAUUUUCUUUUGGAAAACAUCUUAGCAUUUUCAGAGAUAUAGAGUGAUCUGGAGAGUUCCAUGUGAAUAGGAAUGUGUAUCUGUACAAUUCUCGCUGACAUUAAACUCUGCAAUCCACAAUGAGUGAGCUUCAAAUUGGUACUAAAUUGGUAGACACCCCACUGUUUUCUGAGCAACAAAAAGUCCAGAUUUAGUGCAAUUAAGUAGGAGGGAGCUGGAUUCAGAAACAGCCCACAGUAAUAUUUCUCUGCAGUCCCAGUUCAGUGCCGUCUUAGGUGGAAGCCAUGCCACAGUGAGACCAGAAAGAAUCUCCUUCAGCUACUCCUACAAAGUCACCUUGCAGAUAAAAAGGAGAAUAAAAGUUAGAUGUCUAAAAUAAGCCAAGAAUCUCAGAUGCAGCUAUGACAUCUAAGUGAAAUUCUUUCUCCCUUAUGUCCUUAAAUAGUAAUAGAAACACACACAGCCUGACUUUUAAAGAUGGGUUUAACGACCAUGCCCAGAGUGGAGAGUGAAUUUGCGCCACAGAGUGUAUCCUGACUCAGCACUUUUGGGGACCAUUUCAUCCGUGCUCACUGUCGGCUGAUUAUCACUGGAACAUUCAAAACACAACCUGCUGUUUCACUGUCACUUUUUCUAGUGUUUUCCUGUGCUUUUAUAAUAUCAAGUCUGUUCCUAAGUUCAGAAGAUAAAUUAUGGGGAAAUCAUAUUUUGUCAUAGGGGGCUGAAGAAUGAAUUCUUUAUGGAUUUUUCAGGCUGAUCCCAUUUGUACCACAGAAAACAUUUUGGAUGUUGUUACAUAUAUAUUAAUUUUUCUUGUUUUAUUUUGAACUAAAAUAAAGCUUUAUU